AUGACCAACAGCUCAUCUUCAAAAAAGCACGGUCAAGAUCAGCCUGAAUUAAGUGGUCCUACCCCCAAAUCCCAGCGAACCAAAAUGGGCAAAUCUGAAGACAACGAUAAGAAGAACUUGGGUAAGAAACUCAAAGAUGUGGAAAUAAGCGUUCCAAUAGUGUAUGGGAACAUAGCAUUUUGGCUUGGCAAAAAGGCUAGCGAGUAUCAGUCGCAUAAAUGGACAGUAUAUGUUCGUGGAGCAACCAAUGAGGAUCUUGGGGCGAUAGUAAAGCGUGUUGUUUUUCAGUUGCAUUCUAGUUUCAAUAAUCCCACACGUGUUGUGGAGUCACCACCUUUUGAACUCUCAGAGGCAGGAUGGGGGGAAUUUGAAGUUGCUAUCACACUUUAUUUCCACAGUGAUGUUUGUGACAAGCCUUUGAACUUAUAUCACCAGUUGAAGUUGUAUCCAGAGGAUGAAAACAGCUCCAUGUCCACAAAGAAGCCUGUUGUUGUGGAGUUUUAUGAUGAGAUAGUGUUCCCUGAUCCUUCCGAGGCUUUUUUAGCUCGUGUGCAGAGUCAUCCAGCUGUGAACUUGCCAAGAUUACCUGCUGGGCUUACCUUGCCUCCUCCCAUACCUGUUGAGGAUGCAAGUAAAAGGAGGAAAGGUGAUACCAAAGAUCAUUCUUUAAAUCAAUGGUUCACGAAUUUUUCAGAAGCAGAUGAGCUCUUACAGCUUGCAGCAGCUCGGCAGCAGGUUCAAGCACAUAUUGCUAAACUCAGACGACAGAUAAACCUGAUAGAUGGACAGCAUCAGCAGUUUAAAUCUUCUUCUGACCAAUAG